AUGAUUAAUAAGGCAAUAAAAAAAUUAAGUACAAGAAAUUUGUUAUGUUUUGUAUCAAGACAAAAAGAAGAUAAGAUUAUAAAUUAUAAUAAAUAUUUUAUAAGCCGAAAUGUAAGUAAUAUUAGAAAUGAUUUAUUUGAUGGUAUCCCCAAUGGAGAAAUUGAUAAGGACAAGCUAAUAUAUUUAGUGAAGAACAUACAAAUAAUAGAUUUAAAAGAAAAAGGGAUACUAAAUAAUAUUAGCAAUUUAUUAAAAAACCAUAUAAAUCAAUUUAAUAUAGAUGAAAUAUAUUUAAUUAUACAUUCUUUUAGUAAGUUAAAUUUUACAAAAUAUUCAUUAUACAAUAAUUUUGUAAAAAUUAUUAUGACUAAAAAGCCAGUGAUAAAUACAAGAAUGCUAACACAAAUAUUAAUUGAUCUUCAUAAAACAUCAUCUUUAGAUUUAAAUGCUUUAACAUUCUUUACACAAUAUUAUAUAAAUAACUUAGUUAAAAGUUUUUCUUUAUUUGACAUUUCUAUGAUAUUAUAUAUAUUUAACAAGUAUAAUUACAACGAUUUUGUAACUGUCAAUAAAAUAUGUCAGGUUAUUUCAGACCAUUUUAUUCCUAUAAUUGAUGAGGACAAAGGUGUGUUGACGACAAUUUUGUUAAGCCUAUCUGUACUUAACUUGAAUUAUGAAAUUUACUCGAAUUUUUUAAAAUUGCAUGUAUAUACAAAUUAUGAAAAGUUUGAAAUAAAAUAUUUGUGUAAUAUUUCAUAUUCUAUCGCACUUUGGCUAGCUCGUGAUUGUGUAAAAGACAAAUUCUUAAGAGAAUUAUUAAGCAAGAUUGUGGUUUUGUUAAUAAAUAAUAUGCAUAAGCUUAAAAAUGAUGAACUGAAACAGCUUCACAUAGUGUUAUACUUUUUAAGGGCAAUCGGAGAAAAUUAUGAAGAGGCAAUAAAAAAACUUGAAAAAAAAAAUAUUAAAAAUACAAUAACAGUGUCUAAAAUGCAACAACAAGUUGAAAGAAUUUUCACAGAAAUCGGAUUAAAUGUGGAUAAGGAAUUUCCUGUCGGUCCAUAUAUUCUAGAUUUUGCAUUAAAAAAAAAAAAGAUUGACAUUGAAGUCAAUGGAUUUACGCAUUAUUACACAUUUGAUGGAAAAAUAAAUAACAAAACAAAUCUGAAAUAUUUCAUAUUAAAUAAGCUUAAUUGGAAGAUUGUUACUAUCGAAUAUAUGGAUUGGAAAAAUAAAUCAAAAGAUGAUAAAAUAAAAUAUAUAGAGACAAAUAUAUUGGAAAAAAUAAAAUAG